AUUUAUUAGCGUAUCCAGGGUGGAGUAGGAUCUGUCAAUCUUUCUCAAUUUUGUCUAGUCGUUUAUCACAAGGGAAGAUGGUAAUUCCUUUCCAAUGAGAAAUUCCAAGGACUUGAACCGAUACGAAUCCCAAUCAUUUGCAUCUGAGUCGCAAUCGCUAUCCAACAUACCUUGGUUACACAUUAUUACGGCAGCGAAAGAAUAAAUAUGAAAUCGAUUUUCAAAAAGUAAAUCAAGCAACGUCAAUCCGAAAUCAAAUAAAUAAUCGUUCUCUCAGACCACGGAAUGGCAUCAGUUCCGUUUGAAAAGAACGUUGUGAAACUUGACGAAAUGGUCAAAGAUAUUGGUAGCUCGGCGUACUGUUUUGAUUGCGCAGAAGGCUUAACUCCGACACUCCUUCCGGUCAACGAUUCACAGAUGGCAAGAGAUAGAAUCGCCUCGAAGGUGGAGUGCCGCAACGAGGACAUGCGCAUCUACGACAAGUGGGAUUUUCCUCGCCGUCAUCACUAUGCAGACAGUCGGAGAAUAUCCAGCCUCCUCUUCGAUCUCGGCAUUCAUUGGAGAGCGAUAGUUGGCACGGAAGAUUACUUGCCGGGAGGUCACGGAUGGGACAACAUUUAUAGCGACAUGGCAGCCAUAUUCGUGGCUCAGGGACCAUCAUUUCGUCGUGACGGCUCGACGGUGGAUCCAUUCUACAAUAUCGAAUUGUACAAUUUAAUGUGCUUACUGACUGAUGUUAGUCCAGCCCCCAAUAACGGUACAUGGGGUGCUUUGCAUCAUUUAUUGGCCAAAAAGCCAUCAGAGCUGCCUGUCAACGAUAUCGUUGCUACUUACAUUCUUGAUUAUCCGCUGGAUAGUCACGGGCAGCGAACGCAGUACAUGGAUCACCAGAAACGUAGACGAGUUUGCGAUCUCCUCUCUGGCAAUAAUGAUCCUCGACAAAAUUUAGGAUUUAACCUGACGGAAUCAGCUGCGAAGCAAUUGGUAGAACUGCACGCUCCUUGGGGUUUGCCAGGUUUCAACAAGACAGGCGUGAAAGUGCUUAUCAGUUCUGAUUUCAUCAUCGGUUUUAACGUCCAAGACGGGAUACCAUCUUGGGUAUCCUAUACCCUUUCGAAUAGUACCAGACUAUCAAAUGAUUCACUUACCCCAUCGUGGCGAACUGAUCCACGUCUUCGAGUUUCUGACGUUUCUAUUUGUGAUCGUCUGAAAGAAAAUCCACAAUCGUCUUCAUUGCUUUUGGCUCCGCUCUUUUUCCCUAGGCUUAGCAGUUCGUUACGGCAUCUGACGGAUGCGUGGGUAGAAACCAACGCUAUCGAAAUCUCUGAAGCUUUCGAAAAGUAUUGGGAAUACAUUGAAGCCACGAUUGUACAGCUUUCGGCUGACCUUCCUGGACGAUUGAACGUCUUAGCCGGGCCAGUGAGGAACUCACCCAGUCCGGCAAUUUUCCUCGUCGUUUCCUACUGUCCCGAUCGAAUUGAGUUCGGUUGCUCUGAAGAUCAAUUGGACGUCCAAUCUUUCAUGUUUCCGACUCACCUUCACUACAGCCGAGACUGUUUAUCGACGGAUCUUUUUUCACGCAGUCACUUAACAACUGUGCGUGACGUAGAGAGGGCUUCCGGACUCCAUCUUUUCCAAUCGCUUUCCAGCGAAGCUAAGGUUCAAUUGUUGAGGUGCACUCCUUUGGCUUCUAGUUUAUUAGUUGACCCUCGUCCCAUUGAAAAAAUUUUUUUUACGGAUAAAAAUUCCGCAUCAGAUGAAGCUACUACUCUAACCUUUUUUUCUCGAUGGGUCUUUAGUAUGUUGUCACUAAUUGUAAGUGCAAUUUGGAAUAAUUUCAACGCUGAUGUUAAAUUUCCUUAAAGAUUUAACUGUUUUCUUCAUUAAUGCUUAUAAGUCAGUAAUAUCUUAGAAGCCACUUUUUUGGAUUUAGAUUGAUUCUGGCUUUUCUUGUAUGAAGAAAUAAAUCCUUUAGAUACGAUAACACAACAAGCGAAUAAGCUUGAAUUUACUUGGAUUUUUACAUUUACUGCUUCUUGGUUUAAUAAUCUCUGGCUUCUAAUAUACACAGAUAAGCGA